AUGUCGACACUUACGCCCAACAAAAUAGCCUCCAGGGGACCUGCAGACGAGCUCCUCGACCCAGAGCGGCGCAAAAUCAUUGCCCAGCUGUCCGUCUAUGUCGGAAAUCAUAGUCUCCCUUCAACAGGAUGGGCUCUCCUUUGGUUUGCAGAUCUGGAAGUCCUGAAGGAGUAUCUCAAAAACUGUGGAGCGUCGCGGUUGGGUCCGCAUUCUGUGGCACAUAACUUUACCCAAAGCAAGUGGCUUCACGACAUGAUAAUGUUCUGGAAGUGCCGGCGUAGAAGCUCACUUGCUUCUGAAGAGGGCGCAGAAGAACCAGACAUUGAAGGAACUCCAAAGAAGCGCCAGCGUACUACAGAAACCGCGUCCAGGAUUCCCAUCCUCGCUGGCAACACCCGUCCUACGGCAGAAGAUCGUCAAGAAAUAGCGAAACCAUCGGCACGCCGUAGCAGAUUAGCCAAGAAACUGGUGACCAAAUGGAAAGAACGGGUCUUAGGCCCUAGUGGCACGGAGACCUGUUCCAACUUGAUGUGCUUGUCCAACCUCGCCCAUAAACUCUGGGAAACAGCGCGAUUUGCUCUAAAUCCCUUGUCGAUCAGCGAGGAUGAGAAGGUUCUCAAGGUGAAAUUUUUCUGGAUGCCGAUUAACAAGUUUUCUGACGCUAUGUCGUCCAGAGAUGUCCCGAGUCCUUUCCCCGAUGGCUGCCGGUCCUCUAUAAGGGUGGAAGGCCAACUAAAUGCGAAGCUGUUCAACAUUGAAACCGAGAAAGCCCUACGCUCUGGGGAUAUUCUCACUUUUAAGACUGACGACCCGGUCGGUCAUCCUCUCCCGUCAUUCGAACUGCUCAGUAUGCAUUGGGCGCUCCAUAGAGUUCUUGCUCUCAGUGGUGCCGCCGACGUAACUGAUGAAGAAUUCGAUCUCCGAGACCCCGAUGCGCUGCAGGCCGAAGCCACGGAUGAAGACAAUGAGGAAGAAGUAGAGAGUGAAACGGAGGAAGACGACCCGGAGGAAGAAUCGUGGGAUGAAAUGGUCGUGGAGAGCCACCGAUUAAAUUUCCCGAGCCGUGAAAAUCGUCCGGCAUCCACUCUACCCAGAUCCAGACAUGAUGACCACAAGGAUCAAGAGGAGCAGGCGGAGCCGGCGGACGCAGAAGGUUCCCCUGCUUUGGGAUUCCGAGACACUAAUGUCCAUUAGACGGAUCAUCGGCGCCAUGCUUGUCUCGUUAACAACUUAAUGGAUUGAGCCCACGAUAGCCAACAUCAUCAUUCUUAUAUUCCAUGAUGAAUUCAUUUGUUGAAUUCAAUCUCAAG